GCUUCGUCUACCCCUACGCAUUUCUCCAUGUCUGCCUCCGCCGCGCCAUCAUAGUCAACCACAUCUACCUACCAGUACACUCUUGCUCUAGAGCUCCAGCUCCACAUCCCCCGUCGCUAUCUACCACAACCACCACCGCCUACGAUCAUGGCAUCUUCGCUGGAGCUGCCAGCUACGAAGCGGAAGCGAACGGGAAAGUCCCAACCUUCGCUCUCCUUCGCCGCCGCCGCCGCCGCACCCAUAGUCUCCUUCGGCUCGUCCACCCUGCAGGUGUCGACGUCGGCCGCAGGCGCUACCGAAGCUGCCCCACGCGCCCCACUACGCUCCCCCCAACCUCCAAACAACAACUCCUUCCACUGGUCCUUCCUCUCGCACCCGGUGCUGGAGCAUCUCCGCAAGUGGCCUGGCCUGUCCAGCACGGCCGAAGUCGCCGUAACCGCCACGCCCUCAGCCGCAGGAGGAGAUCCCUCACCCGCCUCGCCCUCGCCACCACCACCCACCACCUCCGCCGAUGUACCGCAGAAAUUCGCGCGCCUCCUGUCGAUCCCGCCGAUCGCAUCGUCCAUCGCAUCGGGCCUAUACGGGCGCGACCUACUUUCCAUCCGCCUACUGAGCAGCGCCUUCCACGACGUGCUGUCGACACAGAUCUCGGGCGAUGGCCAGCGGCCCUACUAUCACACGCUGCUGCUCAAGUCGCUGCUGUGCAAACGCACCGACGUCGCCACGGAGCCGCUCGGCACCGCGUGCAAGAGCGCCGGCGGCAAUGUCGGGCCGUGCGUGCUGUGCGCAACCCCGAUCUGCUCGACGUGCGUCUACCCCGAGAUCUGGACCGUGCGCCGCUACCGCUACCUGUGUCCGGGGUGCUGCUCAUCGGCGAACCCCAAGGCGUGCGCCUGCCAGGCCAACAUCUGGAUGUGCCGGCCGUGCUAUAAGACCCGGUGGGUCGAGGACCUGGACUACGAUACCGCGGGUCAGUGGCUCGACGUCGGCGCCGCGGCCACGUGCCACCGCUGCGGAGAGGCACACACAAACAAGAGCGACCCACGACUGCCCGCGCUGCCCGGCCGCAGGACGUUCCGUGGCUGGUUCGUCGACCUCACCGGGAAGAAGCGGCGGCCCGUGGACUGUGCGUGGUGCGAUGGCCGUGUCGAUCCUAAACGCGAGGACUGGACGCUGAGGCCGCUCGUUAUCAAGAGGGGUGAGGAGCGGGGUAGGAAUUGGAUCAGGGAGGUCGAGAGACGCAGGAAGGAGCGAGAGGGAGAAGUCGAUCCCGGCGAUAAUGAGGGGAGGGAUUAACUACUUAGGUGGCUGGCUAGAAUUUGCUGAUACCCACUGUGUGUGCACGCUUCCUUGCUUGUUCUUGCGCUUGCUUUUCGCUGCGGUAGCUGCGGCGUGUCUGUCGCUCCCUUUUCUUAUUCUUCUACUGCUAAUGGCCGCU